AUGAGGAUUAUUCUUACUUUUCUCUUCAUUAGAAAGGCAUCAUGUUACUUCAUAUUUGAGCUUAUCGAUGAUUUUGUGAUAUAUUAUGAAAACAUGUUUUUCCCUAAUUCAGCUGGAGCAUGGGCCAUACUUUUAGGAUCCUUCUUUGUAACCUUCUAUGGCUCCCGAUUCCCAAGAAUAUCUCUGACACCAUACAUAGCUGCAUUGAUAUACUACAACUUCUGUGAUAUAAGAGAAGGUCUUAAUAGCGUCUCCACAAAGACGGUGCAAGAAUAUUACAUUCCUCCAGAUAUAAUACGAAGAAUGAAAGAAGUGUUUGGUGGUAGUAAUAAUGACCCUGCCACCCUAUGUUUUAUCUCCUUCGUCCUGGCAUCUAUUCUUAUGUGGGCUCUCGAAGUUGCCAGCAGCCUUUUGUUUAUAAUAGGACUUUACAUUGUGUAUAGAAUGUUUUUUCAUCUAGGCUUUGAAACAUACAAAGAGUCAAACCCAGGAGUCUUCUAUAUUCUUCUUUUUGUGUCUUUUGGAAUAUUGUAUUAUGUAACAAGAAGAACAACAAAAUAUCUACUUCUAAUCUUGUUUAGCAUCACAGGAUCACUUAUAUUACUAACAUCAAUCGAACUUAUUACGGAAAACAACGAGUUGGGAUUCUAUGAUUUAAUAUUAGACUUUGAGGACACUCAAUAUCUGGAGCUUUCAUCUGCGUCUACUCCGAUAGCUGUAUGGAUAAUAACAGCUUUUAUAGGGAUGUUCUGGCAGUGGAAAUUUUCCGAGAAUAAAACCUAA